AUGUGGACUAUUACAGGAAUUAGCACAAAGAAUAACUACAUCCUUACAAACCACCUGAUUGAGACCAUGAACGUCACGAUUGUUCCCACUUACAGAUCUUCGUGGGAUUACUACAACGAAACCAUCAACACUUACAAUGGCUUAAUUGGUGAUUUGCAAAGUGGGCUAGCGGAAAUUGGUGGUACUCCUUCUUUCAUAACCAUCGAUAGGUUAAAAAUUGUGGAUUUGACAGUCUCCACCACCAAAACCUACUUAAGAUUUAUAUACAGAGAUCCACCUUUGACUUACGUCACCAACAUUUUCACACUACCAUUUGAUACGUAUGUUUGGUACGCUUGCUUCGUUGUUUUUGGUGUCGUUAUGGUCGCUACUUAUGUUAUAGUUUAUUGGGAGUGGAAGGAUCCGAUUUUUAGUGAAACCUUGAACUAUCACGACUUCAUUGCACCUUUAAAACCGGACAUUUCUGAAAUUUGUAUAGCUGAGGUGGCAUUGAUCACCCAACAGGGAACGGAGUGCGAACCUAAAAGUAAUGGUGGAAGAAUCGCCACGUUUUUCUCCAUGUUAAGUUUGAUGUUUUUGUACUCGGCUUACUCAGCAAACAUUGUUGCUUUGCUACAAUCUACAACUGAUAAUAUUCGAACUUUGGAAGACAUUUACAACUCGAGGAUGAAGCUGGGAGUCGAAGACAUUGUCUAUGCUCACUAUUUCUUUGAAUCAGUUACAGAUCCACUGAGGAAACAGAUUUAUGAUCAAAAAAUUGCACCCAAAGGCCAAAAGUCGAAUUUCAUGAAGAUAGAGGAAGGCAUUGCGAGGAUGAAAUCGGAAUUCUUUGCUUUUCACGUGGAACCUUCGCGUGGUUAUAAAGUUGUGGCUGACACGUUUAAGGAGAAUGAAAAAUGUGGAAUCAGGGAAUUCAACUUUUUUCCCUAUGUUGUUUCUCCUUGGUCGUUGGCCAGGAAAAAUACUACUUACAGGGAAAUAAUCAAAACCAAUAUGAAACGAAUUGCAGAGUCCGGACUUCAACAAAGAGAAUAUGUGAAGAUAUACACCAAAAAGCCGGUGUGUCAAAGCCAGAGUAGUAAUUUUGGAAGUGUUGGACUUAUUGAUUGUUAUGCGUUGUUCUUGAUUUUUGGUAUUGGUAUAGCUGUUUCUGUCAUCCUUCUUAUUAUUGAGAUUAUAUUUAAAAGACUUACAAGAAACCUUACUAAUGAAUAAGUUAGACCUUCUACUAUAAAACUUGAUGGUGUCGUUAACUCGUUUAAAGAUCUACCAGUUGUGGAGUAUAUCGAAUAAAAAGGCUAUUCAUGUCUUGCACUUUUAGUAGUUGUUUUAACCAUUUCAAUUUACAAAUGUAAGUCAAAAUUAAAAUUAUUUAA